UCUUGUCUUGCUUUCGUCGAUUCAGCCAUUGCUUACCUACCUUACCUAGGUACUCUCUAAUGUCCAAGACUAAGGUAAGGCAGAGUAAGUACAUGAACGAGUGAGAGAAAAACAGGCAAGGUUUUACCAGACUCCAAACCAAGCUCCCUCCUUGCUCACACACCUUGCUAUCAUCCGUCCGUUCUUCUUUUGCCUAGCCGUGUAAGUAGGGACUCAUUUGGCUACAGAUCAUGCUGCGUAAUACCUGACCUUAUGUGACUGGGCUGCGACCAUGAUGUACCUGGGUGAGCAAGGUAAGGCAAGGCAAGGCAAGGUAGCUUGUCCUGACCUGACCUGACCUGACCUGGACCUGCCCUGGGUACCUUCCAUGAGAUACCCACCAGACCGAGCCACACCCCUACCUAGCCCGUCCAGUACCUCUCUUUUCCCCAUUACCGCUACUUACUGCUUUCGGUCAACUUCCCUUCUGCCCCCCAAAAUCAGGUUCCUUCUCUUCCUCUUCCUCCCCGUCCUUUCCUCCCCCUCCAUUACACCUUGUUCUUCGAAACACUCUUUGUAACACGCCUCAAGACGAGAGCUUCCAGAGCUCCAGACUCUUGCUCACCAAAUAUCGCAGCCUUUUGUCGAACCGUCAAAUGCUCAAGCUCCAACAUAUUCAGUCGCCUUCAAUUGACCUCGCUUCGCGAUACGCUACGACAGUAACAGCACUUAUCGCUCCUCACCCCGCUCAGUAUCGAUACCAGCCCUCAAGCGCAUGGUGGGGUCAAGAUGCCGCCCAGAUCUUCUCUCACGUCUUCUUUUUCAAUCACCGACUCCAACAAUGAGGUCGUCUGUCCUCUGCGGAAUCAGGAUGGAUCUAGCUGUAGGAAAAGAUGCAUCGGUGUAAGUCUCAUCGUGCUGCCUGCAUUGCCGCAUUGCUCUCUCACGACGCCCUCUUCGCCACCAGCAGACCAACACUGCCCCCGUCUGCGCUGCUGCACCUCUCUACUUGGACCCAGUGCACAGAGAGAGCUUUGAUUACUACAGCGAAAAAUCCACUCGACGAAGGGAAAAUUGAGAGCGCUACUCUGACACUUGAUGAAUUCAUUAGGAAAAACGAUAUCGUUCCAUGCAAGAACACAUUCGCCGCGCUCACCCAUAACACUACAUUUCGAAGCUCCCAGCGACCGAGGAAAGCUUUAUGCUCAUGAUCAAUACUCCUCCGUCCGAACGUCCAAUGCAGCAAAGCGCAACUUCUGUUCCCCAGGGCUUCAAUCACGACCACCACAUGUAUGAUAACAGUAAUCCGGGCACGCCUCGAACCAUGGACGACCACGCCGUUGGUUCCAUGCUCCCCGCUGCCAGUGCUGCUGCGGCGCUGGCUCAGCUCCACGGUCACAAAGUCGAACCCGAAUGGGAGGAAAUGGGUUGGCACUCAGACACGGAGGGACGCCGCAUUCCAAGGACAUCAAUUGAGCUGCCUCCGCUGCACUUGACGAAUAACGACAUUACUAGCGAGCCAUUUCCAGCUAUGAACUCGAGUCGGCCACGGGAUAUUCUGCCGUCAAUUCUGGCGAAUUCGCCCCCCGGUCGCUCUUCAACAUUACCCCCAAUCCAACGGCCUGCUGUAGGCCCUGCCCGACCAAGGAAGCAGUCCGUCACCAAGAGAGGUCGAGAGGCGCACCACAAGAAGCAGAAGUCUCGCGGCUCGGCAGCAGACUGGCUUCGGCGGAUCCAAAACGACGAACGGCUUAGACCAGGUAACAAUGACCGUAAGGCGUUAUCGGCUGAACCUUCUGCAGACUAUGGGAAGAGAUGGGAAGAUCUCAUCGAUGCCGCCGAUCAAGCUGCAUCCGCUGCCGGCGACAUCGAUGAGGAUAGGACUCCAAUGCCUCAAUCACCAGUUUCUAUUCACAGGGCUUCUUUGCCGCCAUUCCAGCACCAUGGAUUCCCAUCAGCGACAGCUGGAGGGAACUAUCAAGCUUCGCCAUUGCAGCAGGCCUUGACCCCGCCAUCCUACAGCCAGGACACAAUUGACCCAUUCCCGUCGGUUGAAAGCGGUGAAAGCGGGGAGAACUUCCACAUCGAGUCGCGAGGCCUAUCGGAUUCAUCACCAAGUUAUUCUUCUCAGAAUACCCAGAUCUACUGCGCAGCCUGUCAGAGCGUUUCACUUCUCAAGGACUCAUACGCCUGCACGGAAUGCAUCUGCGGUCUGUGCCAGGCGUGUGUCGACGUUCUCAUGGCAGAGCAGGGGGCUCGCCGCAAAUGCCCCCGUUGCGCAACAAUCGGCGGCCGGUUCAAGCCGUUCCAGCUUGACAUCCGGUGAUUAUUAUGUCUUGUCAACGACCAUCAUGCAUACGUUACGCACAAAAAUUCGAGCUCUAAGGCCCACAAAUUGCAUUUGAAAUCACACGGCGUCUUGGAUGGGGCCAAUGCGCAUAUACAGCAUCAAAGCUUGGCAUAGGAUUCACCGCAUCGAUAAUACCCCCGGCGUUGCAACUUCGCGAGAGCUUAGACAGAGAGCUUUUCACGAGCCGGUUUCUCCACAUUCUUUACAUUAUUAUAGGGACUAGUGACUCGUGACAGUCUUGGAUAGGUGUGGUUCUCUCUUUUUUCUUGAUGCUACAGGCAGAGUAUGGGAUAUCAAAACGAUUACAGGAUUAAGGGUCGGCUUGCACGUCGUUAUGAUAUUGCUUUUUCUUUUGCUUAUUGAUAAUUCGUUCUGGUUGGGUACAGGCAAACUGUUUUUAGGAGUACUCAAUUGGUUUAUAGAUGCCA